GCAAUUUGACAAGAUUAUUAUUAUUAUUAUUGGCAAUAUAUCAAAGAUUUAGCAGAUCGAAGAUUAUUUCUUGCAUCUGCUAAGGUUAACGGGGCUUUGGUGAGGAACGAAUGCAAUUUCGCUUCCCUCGUUGUCUUGACAACGUUGCGAUCGAAUCGUUUAUCCACCCGCGCGACCCGUAGAAUAUCACUCGUUUCUCCCGGUUUUCUCCCCUCUAAUCUAUCCCGUUCUGUUUUGUCAAACGAAUUCUCUUGUCACAACAUGGCCAAAUUCGUUAGUACUUACGAGAAGCCUCUGCCUCAUCUCGGUCUACCGGACUGGUACACCAAACAAUGGGAGCUUCGGCAAAGCGCGGACAUCCGCAGAUCCGAGGCCUGUCGGCUACGCAAUUCGAGCAAGACCGCCCGUUCCGAGGGAAACGUGAGAACGAAAUGGGACACCUACAUCAACGACGCUCGAAUAGCGGACAGAGUGUUGGAGCUAUCGAGAUGGAAGGACGGGCUCGAGGACCUGCUGCAAAAAUUGGUAACCGAGAUAGGCUUGUUAAGCGAUGAAAAAGCCAACACGGAGAAGAAAAUUGAAAGGGUAACCCAGCUUCUGCGUAUCACCAGCGAAUGCAUCUCGAUGAGGGACUGCCGUAGAGAAGCCGAGCUCACGUACGACGAGGCUGAUAUUGAAUUGAAGAAGGAACUCCGCAUGAUUGCAAAUAUUCACGAAGCUUUGACCAAAAGAGCGCAGGCCGCGUGGGAAAAGUUAAAUCACUUGGAAGCCUUCAGAUUUAAGCUGAACUUAAGCAUAGAGGAUAAAAACGAAACCAUUAGAAUAGACAUAGAGAAUCUGGAAUUGGAUCAUGCUUGCGCAAAUUUAAGUUACAAGCCUAAAACGCCGGCUAUAGAUAAGACAAGUCCAAUCACGUACGAGGUUUGGCUGGACCGUUGCCGUUGUUCCAAGCUGUCCGCCGAAAAUGAACUGAGCGGAUGUUACACUUUCCGUGAAGAUACACGUGUAAUGAGGGAACACGCACGGAACGAUAUUAAGGCUCAGCAAGACGCGACGGAUUACACUUUGAGGAAGAGAAUCUAUCAAACGCAAAAGGCCAGAAACGAAAUGGAAUGGCAGAAGCUCAAGGUGCAGAAGGAAAUGGAAAUGUUGGGAAGCGAAAUAAGUCAGUUGGAAGGAACGCUGACGAGUAAAACAGACGCGGUGAAAUGCGUCGAGACGCGAUUGGAAAAUCGCGUUCAUCGGCCUGGCUCGGAACUCUGUAAGGACGAAGUUGAAUUAGGCUUGAAGAACGAAGCUCUACAAUUAAAACGGACCGAGGAGAAUCUAAUUAAGAUGAUCGAGCAUGCAAAAGCGAGCUACAACAGUCUGGAAUCCCUGCUUAUACGUAUCGACAAGAAUUUGGAAGACAAACAGCACUCCCUGAACACCGACGUCAUGUGCCUGGACAUCAGAGCGCCGCUGAAGACAGGAGACAGAUCGCGUUUGCCUAAUGAGACGGACCGCAAUAUUGUAUUGACACGCAUGGAGAAGGAGAUCCCACUGGAAUCUUAACUCGGCUAUCCAUUCAUUUGUCAUUGUCAAAACUGGAGGACGGUCAUGCUUCCACAAUGCGUGAAGUGAGCCUGGCGUAAGGAGCAAGAGAGAACCAUAACUUUUAGCUUUUGGUGUAAGGAAACUAAAAUACAGGCAUAAUUUUAAAAAUAUUUGUAACACUGGCUGAUGGCGUUCCGGUUCAACAAGAGUAAAUGUAAGAGCUGAAGUAGGAGGAAGAAAUAAAAUUGAUUCAUUUCCUUACUCCAGGCUUACUCCAUGCAUUGUAGACGACGCAUCGACAUGAAAAAAAGACUUGUCAGUUCUCCAGCUUCGUAUCACAAGGUUUGUUUUCUGUUCCUGCACUGGUGAACUAGUAUGCAGUAAGCUAGAAUGAGAAAAA